GUGGCAUCCCCGGAUUUGCUAGCAGUAACCUUUCGAGUAAUUCCGUAAAAAUGGGCCCUAAAUUGGCUCCCAAGUGCUCUCAUUGCCAAACCGGUACAUCGGAAAAGUGGCAUACGGUAGAAAAGGGCGUAACUUUGUGCAGCCCGUGCCACGAGAAGCAGGAAAAGGAACAGCUUGAGCUCGAAAAGGAACUCCAGGAGAUUCAGGCGGAACCGAUCAAAAUAGUGCCGGAAUCUACUGCCACUGAAGUUCCAGCGGCAUCCGCACCGCCGGAUGAAGCAAAAGAACCAACGGAGGAUGUAAAAAUUGAAGAGAUAAAGGAAUCGGGAUCGGACGAGAUCAAGGAUGAGCCGGUUGAUGAAAGGGACGAAAAAGAUUCCAAUGCCGAUGCUAAGGAGAAGCCUCUGCCGUCGUUGAGUCCACGAAAGCUUCGAAAAAAUGUACGGAGCGCCCGGAAGGGCGGUACAGGUGGUUCAAGUGGAAACGGUGGCAAGGGUGGACGUUCGAGGAGGUUUAUUUUCAAGAAAAACCCAAUGAAGGCACCCACCAUCACGGUGACGACGCACACCGUCGAAACGUUGUUCCAUAAUAACAUCUACUACCAGAUCGGAGACAUCGUAUCACUGAUGGACGCCAAGGAUAAAAUCUACUAUGCGCAGAUCCACGGACUACAGAUUGAUUCGUACUGCGAGAAAAGUGCGUACAUCACAUGGUUGAUUCCGACGACUUCCAGUCCGCCACCGAGCGAACGGUUCGAUCCAGCAACGUAUCUGAUCGGUCCGGAGGAGGAUCUCCCACGGAAGCUGAACUGCAUGGAGUUCGUCAUGCACGCCCCGAGCAGUUACUAUUUGGACCGACACAAUCCGUUCCCCCGACCGGAUUGCUGGGGACCGGAAAACACAUCCCAGGAGGAUAAUUCCAACUUCAUUUGGGCUAAUAUUUCUCAUCUGUACCAAUGCUAAUGCUUUGGUACAAUAAAUUUUGAUUUUUUUGAAA